CCAGAGUGGAGGCAUGUCAGACGGACCCCGGACUUUGUGUCCCCGCUCGCAAAACUCGCCGCGCGUUGCGACACGCUCACGAGCGAGUCUCGAACUGGGCUUCAUUCUUUGAAGGCGUCGAAAGGCUCACGAAGUCCAUGCCCACGUCGUCGAGCGCUGUCUCAAACUACAGCCGUCAAUCAUGCCUGCUACGGUCAUCAUUACUCGCCGCUCAGGGGCAAAGGCUCCGUCGAGGACCAACAGAGCAAUUCGCGCGUUGCCCAUCGUGGCGUUGGCGCUGCUCAUGGCUAGAGCAGUGUUGAUGGCCGAAACGUCCGGGCCCCUCAUUGAGCGCAUGCAUGAGCGCUCGCGAUUCGAGUUUAGGGACGCCAGCGCUGCCUUGACGAGGCGGUUCUAUGGCGUGACACUCAUCGACGAGUUGUUUAGUCCCAUCACGGCGGCCUUUGCUCUUCUCCAAUUUGGAGUUGAUUCGAGCGCCUACUGGCAGUCCCUGGUUUUCCUCACGGACUUUGCUGGGAUAUACGCCAUCUUACUGCUUGAAUCGUCUCGCGGCAUGUACCGCGCGACCGUCUUCCGCUACCCCAUACUCCUAACAUUCUUCGCACAGAUUAUCCCCGUCGGCCUACUGGGACCCAUAUACUACUUCGCGCUGUCUGUGUUGGCACCGCUGAACCAACUUCUUGACUCACCCGAUAUCGGGCGCCUCGACCCUGCCGUCGUUGCUGCCGUCCUCCCCACGGUUUUCCUCGCCUACUACCUGCCCCAUUUUGGAUCAUAUUGGUCUACAUCUCUGGAAGACAGACACUGGUGGAAUUGGAUAUGGCAACUCUAUGGUGUUUGGGGCUCGUUGCUGCUCCUGCUGCUUGCUAGAUCGGGCCUCGCGGGCUUUCUACUGCCGUCGACCCGGUCUACCGACUACCUACGCAUCUCCGUGGGAACAUUCGCAGCAGUCGGUACACUAACACACUGGUACGCGGCCCUCAACGCUGAUGCUCCCCUCUUGGAAGCGCUCGUACCCAAAUACCUCCUUCGGAAUCCCCAGGACGGAAUGGUAGCCCUUCGUACGAUCGUGCAAUACGACUACGUCUGCUCCUUCGGCGCAGUGUAUUGUUGGCUUGGGUACCAAUACCAGGACUUGAAAGCCGCCGGCCGGACGCGCCUAUCAUGGGCACGGAUUGGGACUGUUGCCGUUGUGUCGACCGCAAUUUGCGGGCCUGGAAGUGCCUUGUUACUAGGAUGGUACACAAGAGAGCGCAUUCUUCGAACUGGUAGGACAGCGACGAAAGUGGAUUAAGCAAUGCGUUUCAGGGACGGAUUUCGACCCAUGCUGCGAGUAUUGACCAGCUGCCACAGCAGCAAAGCAGCCAGAGAAGAUUUCAAUGCGGUUGCACGAACGAGGCUCUCGGCGAUCGCAGUAAUGAAGUCGAAUUACGAACGGAAAAGGCGCCCUGAAGCGCAGUGUGCCUCCAUUGGGGUGGAAUGCUUGUGAGUAAGAGGUUACAAUGAUGGAAGGAAGGGCAUCUUGGCGGCAAGUUCUGGACGACCGACCAAAUUC